AUGGCAGCAGCACGCCACGGCACGCUCGACUUGAAGCUCGGCGCCAAAGCUGAUGGCGAGACCAUUCUAAAAGGCCUCCGGUCCAUUUUCCAGGAGCAAGGGAUGACGGAGUCGGUGCACGACUGGCAAGACCACGGUUAUCUAGCGACCUACAUCAACAAAAACAGCAGCUUUGCCAUGAUUACCAUCCAUAAUUCAGGAGGAGCUAUCGACAGAUACUGGCCCACUGCUGAUGGUCGCCUGGUUGAGUAUGACAUAGAUGAAGUGGUGUAUGAUGAAGAUUCACCUUAUCAGAACAUUAAAAUUCUACACUCGAAGCAAUUUGGAAAUAUUCUCAUCCUUAGUGGGGAUGUUAAUCUGGCAGAGAGUGAUUUGGCGUAUACCCAGGCCAUCAUGGGCAGUGGAAAAGAAGACUACAGUGGCAAAGACGUGCUGAUUCUUGGGGGUGGAGACGGGGGCAUAUUAUGUGAAAUAGUCAAACUGAAACCAAAGAUGGUCACUAUGGUAGAGAUUGACCAAAUGGUGAUUGAUGGAUGUAAGAAAUACAUGUGGAAAACAUGUGGCAACGUCUUAGACAAUCUUAAAGGAGACUGCUAUCAGGUUCUAAUAGAAGACUGUAUUCCAGUACUGAAGAGGUAUGCCAAAGAAGGGAGAGAGUUUGAUUAUGUGAUUAAUGAUUUGACAGCCGUUCCAAUCUCCACAUCUCCAGAAGAAGAUUCCACAAGGGAGUUUCUCAGACUGAUUCUUGACCUCUCAGUGAAAGUACUGAAACAGGAUGGGAAAUACUUUACACAGGGUAACUGCAGUUUGACAGAAGCCUUGUCGCUCUAUGAAGAACAGCUCGGGCGCCUGUAUUGUCCUGUGGAAUUCUCAAAGGAGAUUGUCUGUGUUCCUUCACACUUGGAAUUGUGGGUAUUUUACACUGUUUGGAAGAAAGCUAAACCUUGA